UGCCUGAGACAGGCACUGGCAGUCAGUUAUGUACUGUUUAGCACGAUCGACAGUCCUCGUCGAUCAAUAUUAGGAGAAACACGCUAUAAGGAAUGAUCAACUAAAUAAUUCAUUGCAAUUAGCAAAUGUUGCAAAGUGUUUAGCAUUUAUCAGUGCGGAUUGCUUACGAAUCACUCGAUUGUAUUUUCCUCCAACAGAUUAAUUAUUUUUUUUUAUCAAGUUUUUCAAUAGAUGUUUAACUGAAAAAAUGCUGCUAGCGAUAGGAUUUUGGCUGCUAGUUGCUGUUCUUGUAUUGUGGGCGCUAUUAGAUCCCUUUAGCAGAGUUUCACGUGCCCUCUGGGAAGUUCUUGUUCCUAUAAUAAAUCCAGUACCAGUCGAUCUAAAAUCCAAAUUCGGAGAAUGGGCGGUUGUGACUGGAUCUACUGAUGGAAUCGGAAAGGCAUAUGCCAGAGAACUUGCCUCACGAGGUAUCAAUCUCAUAUUAAUCAGCAGGACAUUGGAGAGGCUUGAGAAAACCAGGGAAGAGAUUCUUAGUGUUAAUAAUCAAAUUCAAGUGAAAAUCAUAACUGCAGAUUUUAGUAAAGGACAACAAGUUUUUAAGGGAAUUGAAUGUGAAUUGAAAGAUGUGCCGAUUGGAAUUUUAGUUAAUAAUGUUGGAAAACAGUAUUCAUAUCCAAUGGUCGUCGGGGAUGUCCCUGAAGAUGAACUUUGGGACAUAAUAAACGUAAACGUGGGAGCAUCAACUUUAAUGACAAGACUAGUGAUCCCAGGGAUGAAAAAACGUGGGAAAGGCGCUAUUGUCAAUGUCUCAUCAGGCUCGGAGUUGCAGCCACUACCUCUCAUGACAGUUUAUGCUGCCACCAAAGUAUAUCUGAAAAGUUUUUCCGAGGCCCUCAGGGCUGAGUAUGAAGAAUUCGGUAUUACCAUUCAACAUCUCACUCCGUUGUUUGUUAACACAAAAAUGAAUGCAUUCAGCGAUCGAUUGCAGGUAUCCAGUGCAUUCGUUCCAGAUGCAACCACUUACGCAAGGAGUGCCGUUGAAACCCUCGGAAAAAUAGAUACUAGCACAGGAUACUGGGCACAUGGAAUUCAAAAUAUUUUCACUUUGAUACCACCGGUGUGGAUGCGUACGAAAAUAGGAAAAUUCAUGAAUGAAACAUUUCGAGACGAUUACUUCAAACAAAAAACCAUAUAAAUCUCUAAAUAUCAGUAUACCUAAUGAUUAAUCAUUAUAAUGAAUCAGUGAUAUCUAUAAAUUUUUUUAUUCUUUUUUACACUCUGUACAUUUAUUAUUUGAUAUUCAUUCUUUUUCAUUAUGUUCAAUUUAAUAUACAACAUUUCUUAAUAAAUAUAUUUAGUACCAAUUCACAUAAGUCUCUUCUCCUAUAUCAAUCCAUAACAAAAGAGAAUAAAUUUUAAUUGUUUUUCAUACAGCAAGAAAAUGAUCAAAAUGAUCAAAAUCGAUUCAUUGAUAUAUUUUAGUUAUUUUUUUUUAUCACAACUAAAUGCUAAAUUACACGUGGACUUCACUUACAUUUAGGUACUGGAUGAUUUGUAUUUGCUUUUUUUUCUUCAAGUUUACACAGAUUUACAUCGCUUGUAAGAACAAAACUGACAUUUUUACAUUUGUUUAAUUUCUAGUUUUUCAUGAAUUAUGAUUACUGAUGAAUAACCAAGAGAAUGCUGUUGCGGGGUCUCCAGGAAAUUGGCAUAAACUUCUCAUUUCCCAUGAUUUCCUCACCCUGAGAAAUGAGUUUGUACUUUCCGAAUUAAAAUUACCCACUUUUCUCAUUCACUCGUUCAUUCAGUAAAGUUGAAGUAACAAUCAUAUGCCAUAUUUGUAAGACCGACUCGUACACAUUCAAAAUCACAUGCAUUAGGCAAUUUCAACUUGUAAGAGGGUAAACUAAAAUGUAUCAAUGGUACUCUUCGAGUAUCGAAAAAUUCUUCAAACAAAUGAAAAUUUUUCUGAACCACCGAAACCUUGUAUUUUAUGGAACUACUAAUUUAUUGUACGCGGACAAUUUAACUUGUGCGAAAUUUGUGCGAGAAUGCAUCAAAAUCUGUUAAAAAAUUAAAGAAGAAAAAA